CCUGUGUCGUCCACCCGGGUCGUGGUCCUGGUCCUGGUCCUGAUCGUGCCUUUCCAGGCCUCUACUGAUGUGGACACGGACUACGGAGGGGUCCCCCUGUGGAUAAACCGUUUCCUAGGGGAGCCCAGUGUCCUGACCCUGCGUGGCCGUAUGGACCCGUCAUGGUACCGGGCCAACAACCCCCAGGCCUGUCCCGAGCCAUGUGACUGUCCCAUCCAGUGGCCCACAGCCCUCUACUGUGACCACAGAGCACUGGGAGCCAUACCAGACAACCUGCCAGCUAGGACUGAAUACCUCUUCCUACAGGACAACAACAUCUCAUCCAUGUCAUCCUCUCCUUUUACCAAUGGCACCAGCCUGCGUUGGCUUAUACUAGACCGUAACCAGCUGCAGAGCAACAGAGUGGACCAAACUGCUCUCCAGAACCUGACCAGGCUGCACUUUCUUUUUGCCAACCACAACCAUCUGACCACGGUACCAGAAAACCUGCCAGCCGGACUCCGGCAACUCAGAUUGGCCUACAACCACAUUACCAGCAUUACCCCAGGAACCUUCCAGAAUCUAGAGCACCUCACUCUACUGCUGCUGCAGGGGAACAGACUCAGCACCAUCACAGAGGAUGACUUCAAAGGUCUGGUGCAUCUGAACCUGUUGGAUUUGAGCGGGAACCUGUUCCCCACCGUUCCCCGCCACCUCCCCCCCUCCUUGCAGCAGCUCUACCUGUCGAACAACUCCCUGUCUGGGCUGGAGGAGGACUGUCUGGUGGGCUUCAGGGGGCUCAGAUACCUGCGUCUGAGUCACUGCGGUCUGCAGAGCCCCAGCGUCCACCCCCAGGCCUUCAACCUGUCCUCCCUGGUGGAGCUAGACCUCUCCUACAAUAAGCUCAGCCUCACCCCCACUGUCCCCACAACCCUGCAGUACCUCUACCUGGAGGCCAACCAAAUAUACCAGUUCAGCGUGAGCAGUUUCUGCCAGGAGGUGGGUCCUCUGUCCUACUCUAGAAUGAAGAUCCUACGACUUGAUGGCAACAAGAUGACCUACCACCAACUGCCUGCUGACUGGGUCUACUGUCUACGGGUGCUCCAUCACAUAUACAUAUGAGGCUGCCUCCUGACCCCUCCUGACCCCUCACAGUAGGAUCACAAGAGCUCAGUAUGACAAGCUAUAAAUGCAACCCUCUCAUCUCCCGUCAUAUAGUCCUACUUUAGUACCUAGACAAUCCAGAACGUAGUCCACAGUGUACACUUCAGCUCUAUGGAGUAGCAAGAGCACAGGGGACAGAGGCUCACAACCCACCCACACAAACACAAGUUGCAAACAUACAUAUGAAUGUGCAGGUUGUAUUUGAGCGUAAGCACUUCAUUUUUAUAUUUGUGAGGCCUACCUAUUAUUUGCUCUUUUGAGGCAUGUUUUUGUAUUUUACUGUUUUGUAUAACAGACAAUAGACCCAAUAAACACCCGAAAUCCCUA